AUGUUCGAUGUUGAUGGUCUACUUUCAACAAAACGCCAGGGUGGGGUACCAUCUCACGCUACUAAAUAUGGAAGGGAUAUGGAACCAACGCACGAUUUCGAGGGCUUUGUGAAGAAUAUGAAGCCAACCUGUCUUAUUGGUGUAUCAACAGUGGGUGGUGCCUUUACACCUGCGAUUUUGCAACAGAUGGCAAGAAAUGCUGAACGACCACAAAUCUAUGCUCUCUCGAAUCCAACGUCAAAUGCUGAAUGUACUCCACAGCAGGCUUACGAAAACACAGAGGGCCGGUGUAUUUAUGCAUCAGGCUCUCCUUUCCCGCCUGUGAAUUAUGGGAAGAAGCAAUUUGUCACAGGACAAGGUAACAACUCCUACAUAUUCCCCGGAGUAGCGUUGGGAACGCUUCUAUGCUACUCACAUCAUGUACCUGAUACCAUGUUUUUGACUGCUGCCGAGACUUUAGCUAGUAACGUUUCUCAAGAAGAUUUAGAUGUUGGACGAAUUUAUCCACCACUCAAUAAUAUACGGGACUUAUCAUGUAAAAUAGCAGAAGUAAUUAUUGAACGCGCCUAUUGUUUGAAUCUUGCCGGCAAAUAUCCUAAACCAAAAGAUUUGUCACAAUUUGUUAAAGAUAAUGUGUAUGACACAAAGUAUUCGAGCUACUUGCCAGACAUAUACAAAUAUCCUGAAGACGGAAGUGGGAUAAAAGUGAAAACAAUGCGUGACAUGAUAGCAGCAUUUAAGGCGAAAAAUAAAUCGACAAUAAAGCAAGUGCGGGAUUACAUUGACACUACGUGA